CUUUUUGUGCAGUUUUUUUGUGCAGGUUUAUCAUGGAUUAUAAUCAAAAGUUAUUGCUCCUCAUUGUGAUGUUCUUAUAUCUUCGAUACUUUUGGCCGAGAAAUCCCAAAAGAAAAAGAGAUAACACUUCGGUUAUGUCCGGACACCAUUUUACUUCAGAGUUGUUGCAAGGCAAUGAUAGACAAUGCAUUGAACUCCUACGUAUGUCACGUGAUUCAUUUGUUCGACUUUGCACACAUUUUAGAGUAAAAGGUUGGUUAAAAGAUAGCAAACACAUCUCCCUUGAAGAAAAAAUGGCUAUGUUUUUGAUGAUGCUUGGUCACAAUCAAUGUUUUUCGGUUAUUAAGCGUAGAUUUCAACACUCGAAACAAACAAUUCAUAAGUAUUUUCAUGAAGUAUUGGCAACAAUGAUGGAGUUUGCUAAAGAGGUUAUAGUACCAACAUCUUUUAAUCCUAAUCCAGAUAUUCCAGGGCAUAAUAAAAGAUUACGACGAGUUUUUAAGGGAGCGAUUGGUGCACUUGAUGGAACUUUGAUACAUGCUAUUGUCCCUGUUCAGAAACAACAUUUGUAUAGAGGAAGAGGAAAAGGCGAGUGUUAUCAAAAUGUUUUGGCCAUAUGUGACUUCAACAUGGUAUUUACUUUUCUCGUGGCCGGAUGGGAAGGAGUAGCACAUGAUUCUAGAAUAUUGUCUGAAUCUUUAACAAAUGCUAAUGCACCAUUUCCACUUCCUCUUCCGGAUAAAUAUUAUCUAUGUGAUGCUGCGUAUGCACACACUCGUGGAUUUAUGGCACCAUAUCGAAAUGUGAGGUAUUGGCUUGGAGAUUUUCGCCGAAAUCGUGCAUUGACCGACAAAGAAAAAUUAAACCACGCACAUGCAAAACUUAGAAAUGUUAUUGAACGUUCUUAUGGGGUAUUAAAGGCACGUUUUCCAAUAUUAAAAAAAUGGCCCCCUUCUCGUUGCUUACACAACGAAAUGUUACGAUUGCAUGUUUUGCGCUUCACAAUUUUAUACGGAAAGAGGGCUUAAGUGAUGACUUUUUUGAUGAAUAUGAUCACCCAAAUGUACGCCUUCAAGAUGGAGAUGAACAUGCUCAAGAUGGUGGUGAAGAAGAAGUAGCUUACCAUGGAAGUGCAGCGGACCGUGAAUUCAUGAGUCAACUUCGAGAUCAGAUAGCACAAGAAUUAAUGCAAAACAAUGUACUUUGAGUUUAUUUCACUAUUUGUGUUUUUAAACUUGGUUUUAUUAUUAUAUUUUUUUAUGUAAUUUGUAUG